AUGAUGAGCGUAUUACGAACCCACUUGCUUUCAUCUUCCAUGAGCCGGGCAGCGAUACUUCGUAAUCCCUCGUGUGCUCGCAUGUUUUCGUCCACUAUUAGGAUGUGCCGUGAUGAAACGUGGCUCAAGCGUGGACCUGUGACGUACCAAGAACUCAAGCCUUACACGGAGACACCCAGCGGUCACAUUACGCUCAUUGAUGUGCGUGAGCCCAAUGAAGUCUCACAAGGUAUGAUCCCUGCUUCUGUCAAUGUCCCGCUGUCUGAAUUUAAGGCCGCUUUCAACCCAGAGAACGAUGCUCCUGCCUCAACAGACUUUGAGCGCAAGUAUUCAUUUCCACGUCCCAAGUUUAACGACCCUAUCAUUUUUUACUGCCGAAGUGGACGUCGUAGUCAACAGGCUUUGGAAGAAGCUCAGAAGCAUGGAUGGUGGAAUACGCGCAACUAUACAGGCUCGUGGAUCGACUGGGUCGCUCAGGAACAAUCGAACAAAAAGGACUCGGACGAAGAUGAAUGA